UUCUUCUUCUCCUCCUCCUUUCCUUCUCCCUCCUCCUCCUCCUCCUCCUCUUCUUCUUCUGCGCUCUGCGGCUCUGCGCCUGCGCAGGAGAGAUUUUUUAUUUUUUAUUUGAAAAAAAGGUAAACCGCCGGUUCACGGUUCGAAAAAAUCACAAACCGAAACCGAGCCGUCAGAAUGACGGUUUCGGUUCGGUUUGGCCGCGGUUCGGUUUGAACCGUGACUGACGGUUCGAAAACAGGCGAACCGGCGGUUCGAACCGUCGGUUCGAAACCGAAUGGGCAAGUCUGGUGGGGACUGAAUGAGCAGUAAAAUCAUUCAUAACAACAAUUUUAUUAGAUUUUUCAUUGUUUCUGGAUCCACUGAUAUAUGCAACUCGAGAUCCAACUCCAAGGGCGUGCGAAUUGGAUUCGAUUUUAUUUGAUUUGAUUUGAUUUUGCCAGUGCGAGUGAUGUAAAGAUCUAAGCGGGUGUGGGUUUGAUUCUCGAUUCGGUGGAAAGAGUUGAGAUGAUGGAGAGGGAAUCUUCCGACGAGGAAGAGGAUCGGGAGAAUUUGAUCUCGCAGAAUUCCAGACCGAAUGACAAUGGAAAGUCUACUAAUAACCGUCACAUUCCCCCUUUGGAUAUCGAAAAUGGUUUCAGGAGCAGAAUUUCAGGCCGAUUCCGGAAGAGGUAUCUUCUCGCGAUUUGCCUCCCUCUGUUGAUUUUAUUGCUGUACAUUACAAUAGAUUUGGGGAAAUUGUUCCGCGUUCGUGCUCAAUCGGUUAGCAAUGCUUGGGGCGAUGAUAGUAAUCGAAUGCGUGAGUCGGAGUUACGUGCUCUGCAUUUGCUUAAGCAGCAGGAGCUUGAGCUUCUAAAGAUGUGGAAUUACACUACAUCGAAAUCGAAUGUGAGCGUGGUAAAUAGUAGCAUGAUUGAUAAUUCAAAUUUUUUUAUGGAAGAUUUGAAAUCUAGGGUUUAUGGCCAAAUUUCAUUGAAUAAGCAAAUUCAAGGUGCUCUGUUAUCAUCACAUGAAAAUGGUGGGCUGAAUUCCAAUGAGAAUUACACUGACUCGAUUUUAUCAAGCUGGAAUAGAUGCGGGAAGGUAGAUCAAAAAGUUUCAGAGAGGAAGACGAUUGAAUGGAACCCUAAACAAGACAAGUACUUAUUGGCAAUUUGUGUUUCUGGCCAAAUGUCGAACCAUUUGAUUUGUUUGGAGAAGCAUAUGUUCUUUGCAGCUUUGCUUAAUCGAGUUUUGGUGAUUCCUAGUUCUAAGGUCGACUUUGAGUUCCGCAAAGUGAUAGAUAUCGAUCACAUUAAUAAUUGUACGGGGAAGAAAGUCGUGGCGACAUUUGAGGAGUUUGCAGAAAGUAAGAAGAACCAUUUAGGUGUUGAUAAGUUCUUGUGUUAUUUCUCGUUGCCACAGCCGUGUUUUAUGGAUGAACAGCGAGUGGACAAAUUGAAAGGGUUGGGGCUGUCAAUUGGUAAGAUCGAGGCUGUCUGGAAUGAGGAUGUCAAGAAGCCAACCGAAAAAACUGUCAAGGAAAUCCUCGAAAAAUUCUCUUCCAACGACGAUGUAAUAGCAAUCGGAGAUGUGUUCUUUGCUGAAGUCGAAACAAAGUGGGUGAUGCAGCCGGGAGGUCCAAUUGCGCACAAAUGCAAGACUUUGAUCGAGCCAAGCCGGUUGAUUUUGCUUACUGCGCAACGCUUUAUACAGACGUUUCUAGGGAAGGAUUAUCUAGCUCUACACUUUAGGCGCCAUGGCUUCUUGAAAUUCUGUAAUGCGAAGCAACCAAGUUGCUUCUACCCUGUUCCUCAAGCUGCAGAGUGCAUAAAUCGAGCUGUUGAGACGGCUGGUAUUCCGGUAAUAUAUCUUUCUACAGAUGCUGCGGAAAGUGAAACUGGUUUGUUGCAGUCGCUCAUUGUUUGGGAUGGGAAGACUGUGCCGCUUGUUCAGAGACCGGCUCGUAAUUCGGCUGAGAAAUGGGAUGCUUUGCUGUACAGACAUGGACUUGAUGGAGAUUCUCAGGUGGAAGCUAUGCUGGACAAGACUAUUUGUGCCCUGUCUUCUGUUUUCGUCGGAUCUUCUGGUUCAACAUUCACGGAGGAUAUUCUGCGGCUGAGGAAGGACUGGGAAUCAGCCUCGGUUUGCGACAAAUACUUGUGCCAAGGAGAAGUGCCUAAUUUCAUUGCAGAAGAUGAAUAGUCGGGUGCUACAGGUACAUUAGUUCUAUUUCUGCUUUGAUUAAACUGCUUGUUUAUGCUUGCCUGAGAAAAGAGAAAAAAAAGUCGGAAUAGUUUUCUUCCAUUGUUUUUCAUGCUUGUUUGGACAGGACAGUUUGGAUCAAUUGAGUAAAUGGAUUCUAACUGGAUUUUUGGAUGUAUGUAAUGUAAUACACGUUUCGGCUGUCUACAAGAAAAUAUCAUUUUUUUUUUU